CCCCUCUCUCCAACACUCACCCCCCCCCCCCUCGUCACGUAGGACGAGGAAAUGGCAACAUCUUCGGGCGCACCGCCAACUAACACGGCCGACACUGUCCCUCAAGCGGUUGGGUCGUCGGCCGCCAACACAUCAUCCGGCGCGGAUGUCUCUUCUCCCGCCGCAGCUUCCUCCUCUGGCGCCGUGACCGGUCAGCCGCCAGCCGAGUCGGCUGCCCCCGCCACCGUCGCCGCUGCGACGGCGGAUGCUUCGUCGUCGUCGGCGACAAAGGCACCGACCGCGCCAGCAGCAGCAUCGGCCACGACUGCCAAAGGCGGCAGCGCCGAAAAGGCUCCUGCUACUGCUGCUGCCUCCGUGCCUGCUCCAGCCGUCAAGUCUGUGCCGGCCAAGCCAGCGUCCAAGAAGAGACGGAAAAGAGGCGGUCUCGCGUCCAUUUUCGUGGUCCUCGGCUGUCUUUCAACCGACGACUUUGAGGACAUUCCGCCUGCAAAGACGACCGCGGCCUCGAAGUCCACGAGCCCCAGCCAGCCGUCCGGUUCGGCGACAACUGCUACGGCAGCCAAGACGUCCGUCGCGCCUACAGCGGCGGCGACCAAGGACUCUGCCGGUGCCACCUCGAGACAGCCAGACGCUGCGACCAAUGGCGAGAAGGUCGCGGACAAGGCCGUCGUUGACAAGCCAGCGUCGACCGCGCCAGUGAUCCCCCUCCCAGACGGUCUGGUCCCGGCGAGUGAGCCCACGACUGCGCCCCUUGAAGAGACUGCUGGUCUCACCUCUGCCGCUGUUCAGGCUCCCGGUUCAGGCUCAGAGAUCAUCCACCAGCACAUGCUGCACCGUAGCGAGUCGGAGCACCACCUCCCUCACGCCCACGCCCACGCCACCGAUGCCCACAACAAGACGGACACGAGCGGCGGCUACUCGGACCUGAGCGACUCGGAGGACCCUGAUGCCAGCGCCGGCUCGCAGGAGCUGCUGUACGGCGACGACGACUACGAGGACGAGGAGGACCGCUUGAUUGCACAGGGUGGUAUUGGUAUCCCCGUUGAUGAGGUGCGUGUCGCCGCUGGCGAGAUGGCGAGGUACCCGUCGCUGACAAUCUCGCAGCACGGCAACCCCGCGCCAUUGUUGCCCGAGAUCGACAAGAGAGACACUGGCCGCAAGUGCUUGGUGCUUGACCUGGACGAGACACUCUUGCAUUCCAGUUUCAAGAUGCUGCCAUCCGCGGACUACAUCGUCCCCGUCGAGAUUGAAUCGCAAACGCACAAUGUUUAUGUUAUUAAGCGCCCCGGGGUCGACCACUUCCUGUCUGAGAUGGGCAAGAUUUAUGAGAUUGUCGUCUUCACCGCAAGUUUGAGCAAGUAUGCCGACCCUGUCCUGGACAUGCUCGACGUUGGCCGCGUCGUCCGCCACCGCCUGUUCCGCGAGAGCUGCUACAACCACAAGGGCAACUAUGUCAAGGACCUCUCGCAACUCGGUCGCGACAUCUCGACGGCCAUAAUCAUUGACAACUCGCCCGCUUCAUACAUUUUCCACCCCAACAAUGCUGUUCCGGUUUCGACGUGGUUCAACGACCCGCACGACACUGAGCUCACCGACCUUUGCCCGUUCCUUACCGAUCUGGCUACCGUGGACGACGUCCGCGGCGUGCUCGACGGCAGCAUUUAAUACAGCGUUUCUUUGCAGCACCACACUACAAACAACCUUCACUAGUCUCUCUCGCCCAUCCACAUCGUCCCACCACAACCACGUCCACCACACCACGCCCCACGCCCCACGCUCCACCACCGUCACCACCCAUUCACAUUGGCCGUCGUCUAAUCAUCGCCUGACUGGACUUUUGCCUUGAUACUUCCCUCUACAUUUGCGCAUAGUCGUUCGCACUCCACGAGAUACCCCGAUACCAACAUUUGUACACUUUGCCUUCCGCCGUGGCCUGCCUCUUCAUCGCACCCCCGCCCGUCCCUUAUUUGUUACUGCCUCGAACCCCUAGUCAAUACAUUCUUUGUCUGCACAUGGCGCAUUGAUUAUCAGCACAUGCACAGUAUGCAGUGGUAGAGUCGAA